AUGGACAGCGACGAAGAUUUUGAGCUCUUUUGCGAGGAGGCUGCCCCUCCAGUCCGUGAAACGAAGUUGAAGCGCUUAAAGAAAGCAGUUAGGAGGGGUUCCAUUUCUGAAGAGCCUCUCCUCGAUAAAUCUGAAAGUGACCGAGUGAAUUCCUCCGAAUUUGAAGCCCUCAGUUUGGAGGAAUCGAAUGAGCCAUCGAGGUCAAGGAUCGGAUCGGAGAGUCUGCGUGGUGAGAGUGAAAUAAAUCCCGGUUUCGAUGGUUUUGGUGGCGAAGCUGAAACGAAUUCCGGUUUUGAUGGUUUGGGCGGCGAAGGUGAAGCUAAUUCUGGUUUAGAUGGUUUGGGCGGUGAAGGUGAAGCUAAUUCUGGCUCUGAUGGUUUGGGCUGUGAAGGUGAAAUGAAUUCGAGUUUCGAUGGAUUGGGUGGUGGGGAAGAUGGAUCAGGAGCUAAGAGGGUCUUGGAUUUUGGGUCUGUAGUUGAGGAAUUCCGCGAAGAGGGUGAAGAUCGAAGCCAAGAGAUGCCAGAAGAAAGUGGGGAUAUGAGGAUGAAUGAACCGGAGAAGAAACGGCGUAGUUCUGAUUGCUUCGAGGAAAACAAAGACAAGAAGAAGAGUAAGAGGGCCAAGAGUGAAAUCACCGCUGCCAAGGGCAAGAGGAGAACCGAAAAGGAAAGACGAGAUCAUCUAAAGCAACUCCAUGCUGAAUCUCAGAGACUUUUGCGAGAAACCAGAGAUGCGGCAUUUAAACCUAUACCACUUGUUCAGAAGCCGAUAUCUUCAGUUCUGGAGAAGAUUCGGAAAAGAAAACUGGAGGUUUUGCAGAAAUGCAGUGGUACAGUAAUGGGCAGCCAAUUGCAUGCCAUUGAGGAGCCAAUUGCAUCCCGGACUGAAAUGGGUAGUAUUGCAAAUGGGGUGAGCAUGGAUCGGUCUAAUGAUGAUGAAGAGCAGUCAAGCGGUGAAAAUGUUUCUUCCCAGAUGGAUGUUGAUAAGGAUUCCAAGCAAGCAUUUCGAGCACCUAUUGAUGAUACUCAGGAGCUGUUUUCGGAUUCCCAGACUACUGAUUCCAAAGAUGAUCUGCCAAAUGAUGCUCCCCGCAGCCCUCUGGAAGAGGUUUUUGCACCGUCCAUACUUGCAAUGAACUUAAAGCUUGACUCUGCGCCUCCUUAUGAUGUUUCUUCUGACGAGGAGGACGACAAUGACAAAGAGAAUAUUAAUCCCCAUUGUACUGGAGUGUCUGACUUGCCUUCAUCUCCAAUUGGUGAUCCUGUCAAAGCUUUUGUGGAUGAUGAAGCCGAGGAAGAAGAUGACAGUGAUCAUGACCUGUUUCGAUUCCAAGAUAGUGAAGAAGAUGAGGAGGAUGGUGAUGCUGCAGAGCUUAAUGAUAUGAUAGCAACUGGAUAUGAAGAAAGGCCGAUGGAUAGUGAAAGACGGAAUGAACUCCAUCAAAAGUGGCUUGAGCAACAGGAUGCUUCUGGAACAGAAAAACUUAUGCAGAAACUGAAGUUUGGUUCUAAGCUAAAAGAAACAACGUUACUUGAAGAGAAGGAUGCAGAUGGAGAGAAAGAUGCAGACAGAGAGGAAUAUGCAGAUGGAGAGGAGGAUGCAGAUGGAGAGGAUGAUGAAUAUGGAGAGGAAGAUGAAUAUGGAGAGGAAGAUACAAAUGCUGUGCAAAUGAGCUUAAGACAAAUUAAGCAAAUGAUUCCUCUAAUGUUUACCGAUAAUGAUGAUGCGUACUUGUCAUCUGAUGACGAUGAAACAGAAAAGAGACUAGCUAAACAGUGCCUGUCUGAGAAAGCUGAAGCGCAGGCUACUUUCUUGUCACCAGCAGAGGAUGAAAGUUGUAGGGAAGUUUUUGGUUUUAUAAAGAAGCUGAAUGUUGUGCCUGAUACUAAGAAGGCCAAAACACCUUCCUUUUCUAGUGUGCCGCUCAUGGGAGGAGACAGGGACAUAUCAUCAAAGUCAUCCUUCUUAGGCCGGGGAUCUAAUCAUUCUCUGCCCUCAUCCCGCAAGCAUGGGUUGGGCACAGUUCGCUCUAUAAUUUUUGGACGAGGUGGCAGCAAUAGUAGGAGCACAAGUUCAGUGUUGGAGGAUUCUUCAGAUACGAUUCAGAGAGAGAAUCCACCAACCAGGACUGCUUCAGCCAGGCUUAGCAAUUCCAAAGUAACGACUAGUUCUCAGAAAUUGUCACCUGAAGCUGUUGUGCAGAGAGACUCAUCAGCUGAAGCUGUUCCCAAGGCAAACACAUCUGCUGAAGCUGUUGCGCAGACAGACGCAUCAGCUGAAGCUGGUGGGAAGAAUACAGGCACAUCACCUUCGUUACUCAAAAUAUUAAGGCAGUCUUCCUUGCAUGCAAAGCGCUGCACUGCGGAGACUAUGAUUGGCCAAACCCAAAUUGAAUCCGUCUUAGCUUCGUUCAAGGUGGGCAGGAAACCAGUGCAGACAAAGAGAAGAACUUGA